CAGGAUUCAACAUUUGGCUAUAAUCCUGGAUGCCACGAGAUAAGCUCAAAGAAGUGAGCUUCGAGGUUGACCAGUGGGUCAACGAUUUAGAAGGGUUCUCCACACAGGAGCCGUGCGAGCAAGCCAGCCAGCAGCCACCAGCUUUGUGGUGGGAGGCUUUUGGCUCCAAACACGACCUCCUUGCACUGCAAGCCAUCAAAUUGCUUGGCCAGGCAAGCUCCUCCGCUGCUUGUGAGCGGAAAUGGAGCUUGCAUGAGCUCAUCUACGGGAGAAGGCGCACGAAGCUCAUGCCGGAGAGGAUGGCCAAGCUUGUGUACAAGAGUUGGAAUGUCCGCUCAGUUGCAAGUAUUCGGAGUUUCCUUGGGGUUGGUCAAGCUUUGGUCCACCCUAGCCCAUCGAGUGCUCUACCUCUUGCAAAGAAGAUCACACGUUCUACCUCAAUUGAUUUUGCGAAAAACCAGCUCCUUCUGAGGAGCAUUCGGCACGGCGGGGGGGAUGAAAUCCACAUCCCAUGGGCGGAUGACGUUCCGGUGGACAAGGAGAUGGAGGAGUGGUACACAGAUUGGCUGAAGCGUGUCCACGGAGAGGUCGAAGAAGAAGAGGUGGUUGUGGCGGACGUCGAAGACGAGGAAGACGAGUUUCCACUGCGGCGCACCUUCCAGUGCAAUGACGAGGUUGACGAGAGGCUGUGUGAGGAGGAGGACUCUGUUCUCGUCGGUACACGGGAGCGCGAUUGGCACGAGUGCACGAAGCCUGGGAAAUACCGUGAGCGUGAGUUGCGCAGGAGAUCAGGCAGCGAGCUGCCUGUGCCUCAAGAGUUGUAUACGGAGGAGGGCUACGCUCUUGCAUUGGCAGCUCGACGGGCGGGCACAUGGGUUGUUGAGCAACAACAGCCACGACCGAAGAGGGGUCGUCCCACAUUGGCGGAGCAGGCAGAACGCAGGGAACGAAAGGCGGAAGAGAAGGCCUCCAAGGCAGCAGCUGACGCUGCCGCAGCAAAAGCUGGUGCGGUCAAAGCCGUUGCGGCCAAAGCCCGAGCAGCGGCGAAAGCCGCCACGAAGAAUGCUGCCGCUGGGAAGACGAAGAGAGCCGCCAUCAUAAAUGAUGACGACGAUGACGAUAUCCCGGAAGACAUCCGGGGAGACGAAGAGCUCGAAGGCUCAACAUCGACUUAUUCAAGCUCAAGUGACACAUCUGAUUCCGGUGGGGGGGAGGGAACGGAGGAGCGUGACGAGGAAGAAGGCGGUGAGGGUGAGGUGCAGCCGGAGGAGAGCGAGGAGGAAGAAGGGGAACAUGCUGCGUAGGGUGCACCCGCUGUGCUGUUUGGGCAGACAAACUCAAGGUACUAAGCAUAGUAAGCAAUUCGAAUUUUGAACUUGUGGAUCUUUUUCAUAUAAGUUUUUAACUUCUUGUCAAUCUUUCUGUUGUUUUUCUCAUUCUUUGUUGUGUGUGUGCAUCAUCAAUUGUUCAAAGUUUGUUUUCUGUGUUUUUGUGAUGCCAUACCGCCGCUCGAUUGCAUGGAUGCAAUGAAUGUCUGCUGUCGUGUUUCGUCUUCGCACUCCAAAUGCAGGUCAGUGGGACACCCCCCCCCUUUCAACCGCUCGAAUCACAAGACAAACAAAAACAAAAAGAAUAG